GUGUCGGAGAGUGAAGCAGGGCAGGCGCUCCGAGAUCUCGAGCCCCUGGCGGCGGCGGCGGCCUUGGCUGCUCCAGGAACGACUCGAGUCGGAUUUGAUCAACACCAAUCUGGAGGAUGGUGAGGGAAUGGCGGCCUUUCAAACUGGGGAGAUAGCUGCCUUCCAGACCAUUGAGGUGUCGAGCGACGGCAACCACGCCAUCGCCUUCCCUGUGGACGAGCAAGGCAGGAAAGAGGAUGUAGAGUUUAGCAAUGAAGCUACUUUACUUCUCAUUGAAGGCAUCAGGAAACGUUAUUCAGAAUUAGCUUCCAAUAACCGGUCGAGGCCCCAGGUAUACAAAGAGUUACACGAAGAGCUGACAAUGCAUGGGUACAACUUCUCUCAAGAAAGAAUACGCCGCAAAUGGAACAAUUUGCUUGGAACAUAUAAGAGGGUCAAAAAAGAAUUUUCCCCAAAGAAACCUCCUUGGGAAUAUUACCAGAUACUCAGCGAAUUCCUUCCACCAGAAACCUGUACUACACCCACUCAGUUAUCGACUACUUUUGCAAAAAUUGCUCCAGCUUUAUCCACUCAAAAUCAUAGAGAGGCCACACCUUCAUCUGCAUCGUCUAUCAUACUUCAGCCCUCAGUAACUGUGCACGUUCCGUCUCCCUCCAUGAAUAAGGAGAUUGAACGCGGGGUAAAACGACAGGCAGUAAUGGAGCAGUACAUAGAACAGUUAAGAGAGAAGGAGAGUUUUGAUGAAGACUACAGGAAAAGAAAAGAAAGAAGAGAAAGAUUGAAAAUUCGGGCCUUAAGAAAGAUUGGGAAAGAACUUCAAACAAUAGCAAAAACUCAAUGUGAAAUACUUAAAAAACAAGAUCAAAUAUUACAAGCGAUAAAAGCAUCAAAAGUUUGACAAAUUUGUUAUGUAUGAUAACCUUAAAUUAUGCAAAAGCCAUGUACGCUUGUAAUAUGCAAGUUUAUCUACGGAUGAAUUUUGUAUGUACAGUAUAUAAAUAAGUAUUUAGUCAUUAAAAAAUAUAUAUACUGUGUGUGUGUAUAUAUAUAUAUAAAUAUAUAAAAUAUACUGUAGUACUGUAUAAUGUAUUUGCAUCUUCUGUUUUCCUUUUAUUCAUUCCCACCCGAGAAAGGUAAUUCAUAGGCUAAGCUUGCGGGAUGCAACUUGGUCUUACAUCACCAUGUGUUGUAGAGUGAGGGAAAGUGUAAUCACAAAAUAGUCAAAUCUAAAGUGAUUGCAAACAUAACUAUCAUCUCUACUUUAACAUAUCACACAAAAGUCUUCAAAGUUGAUUAACUAAAAUAAUUCUCCGAGUAACAUUCCCCGAGAUAACCUUUGAAGUGCUGCUUUAAGUACAGUAAUGGACCUUGUCUGUCAAGGUAACCUCAACAUUUUUCUUGUGGUUAUCUUCAGUUUUUUCUCACUAGAGAACCCUUGACCUCCCCCCCAUCUCCAAAGAUAACCCCUCAAUGCUCAUCCCUUAGAAUAACCCUCAUCUGAAAUAAUACUUGACCUGUAUUGCCCUAUCAACCUUCAACUCUGACACAUUGUGCUGCCUCUGCCAAGUGUAAUCUUUUACCGUUGUACCUUCAACACCAAGUGUUCAGGCAGUACAUUUGUAAUUUCUUUAUGCCGAACAGUACUGUACGUGAAAAGUGUAAAUGUGGAUUGCUAUGUACAAAUAAUUAGUUAUAAAAAAUAUUGUAUAAUGACUUGUGAAGUUAAAUAGAUCUUAGGUAAUGGUUUAUGAUCAUGACCAGAUUUGUUAAGCCAAAAUAGUUUUUAUUUUUAAUUAUAAGCAUGUUAGAACCAAAUUCAUAUACAUUUUCAAUGUUUGGAAAUAAAUUUCAUAGCUGAGUUAGUCAUUAACUGUGUGUGUUUUAAUGUUUUAUUAUUCUAUUUUCAAUUCAGUAAUAAGCUUAAAUGUGUUACUGCAAAAUGUUAAUAUAUUUGUAACAAGUCAAA